CAUAUGCAUCCGCUGUUCGACAUGUUCUUCCAGAAGGUUUACACUGUCCCGCACUGGGCACACUAAGCAACGCUCAUCCAGCGAGGCAAUCCGAGACAUCGGCCGCUUCCCACGGUGUAUAUAGUAUAUGGGGAUACCUAUCCACAGCUAGCGGAAGAGUUCAACCGCUCAUCUCCGAACCUAGCAGCAGCAGCAGCAGCUUCCAGCCGACACCGCAAACGCUAUACACACCCAUCCUCGCUGAAGCCGUCCGUUCCGUACUUGCGCUCGUACGUACGAUACGAUACGAUGGCACCCGUCGAAGUUCCAACCAUCCGGUUCGUCAGUCAGGGAGAAACCAUAUGCACGGAUGCGACGUGGACCAGCGUGACAAAAUUCAUCCUUCUGAACUACGUGACGCACGUUUUCACGGUCAUGCAGCAUCCGGGAGCACGGAAUCCGCAGAUCUUUUCGUGGAUGCUCACGGCGCUGUUCAUGCCGUUUGCGGGCACCUGGAGGGCAAUCACCGUCAUCAUGUCGUACCCCAGUGCUCGCCUUUCCUCGUGUGCGACCGCGCUCCGAUGCGGCGCCGUUUACAUGGUUGUUGGCUGCAAUGGUGCCGGUGCCGUGAUAGUACCGACAGCGUUCGCGGCAAAGGGGAUGAACCUGAAGGACUUCCAGUGGAACGAGUGGCAGAAUGACUUCAAGCACGUGCACGGAGACCACCCAGUCGUAUGCGACACCAUUCGCAAGCCUCGGGACGAUGCCCAGCGCCGCGGCGCGGCCCCUACCGACGACGAUACUACGCGAUACCACCUCGUGCGCAUCCCACCGGACGCGCGGAUAGAGCCGCUGCACGAGGGUCUACAGCUCGAAAACAUGGAGAUCCCGAAUUCGUACAGCUUGGUGCAGGGCGCAGCCGCAAUCGCACAGAUCUUCUUUGCGAGCAAGGAGCUGUACGCCUCGCGCGGCGACCAGGUCGUGCGCUACGGCUAUGCGGCGUUCGGGCUGACGGUCAUACCAUACCUGUGGAUGUCGUUCCUUAACCUCGUUGCGGCGAUAUUUCGGCCGCAGUACUCGCAUGUGUAUUUAGUGCAUUAUGGCGAGCCCGCCGGAGACGCAGUGGCGCCACCGGCGUGCGAUAACGAGGGAGGGGAGAAAGAGCCGCCGCAUGUCGACAUACACGAGGUUGGUGGGAAAGAGCUCGAACGACGGCGGAAACUGGACGGAGAAUUACGGGAUUCUGUUGUCGGUGCGGUGGGAGUGGUAUACAUCCGCCCGGAGGCUCUCAAAGAGAGGCCCUACUAUACGUUCAAACCCUUCCUGGAGAGCCUCAAGAAACACCACGGAAUACCGGUUAAGCCCGUGCUUGAGCACUGGGCCACACUGUGCAAGGAGAUCGGCCAGCUCGUCAUAUGGGCCUUCUCGCUUGUGAUCCCGUACAUCGUCAUAUACAUCAUGACGCGCUUCGAAGCAGCCGAGAGCACCACCGCCCAGCGCUUCGCUGUCGUCGGCUGGCUCGCUACGGGACAAGUUCUGGCACUCAUCCUGCCGUUUUUGCGCUUGUACGGCGAAAGCCGGGCUAAAACGAUCUACAGCGGAAUCAUGAUCACGUUCCUGAUCCCCGUCGGAGUCUAUUCGGUGGUGAAUGUUUCUAAGAUGAUUCUGGAAAAGGGAGUCUGCGUCCAGUUGUGA